GCCGGAUCUGUGACAUAUAUUUUCUCUGCUAGUUUCUGUAAAUACGUUUUGGCACCCGAACAGCAGCUUACACAUAUUAACCCUUCCCGACCCUCCCCCAACAUCAUACCUAAUUCUCUCCCAACUCUUGUCUCCUCUUAUUCUAAUCGUCCACCUAUUGCUUAAUGGCAGAGGAUAUGGACCUGGACGACCAUAAGUCAGACGCCUCUCCUCCUCGAGAGAUACUUCAUCCAUCUCCUCCAAAUUCCCGAAAGCGGAAAACCCCUCCAGAACGGGGGGAUUCAGCCGACGCUGAGGGCGAGAGUGUUGACGACUCAGUCGCCGUUCCCAAAGGCGAAUAUGAAACUGGUCGUGUCAUGUGUGAAGUCUGCGGUGAGGGUGUUUCGUUUCGUGACGAAGCAACCGGCGGAUUUACCCUGAAACACUGGGAUGCCCAUCGCCAACAAUGUGCCAACACUACUCAGGCCGUCCCCGAGCCUGUCAUAUAUACUCCGGAGAGUACGGCCGAGGCUCUUGCCAACCCACCCGCUAAACGGCGGCGUGCCAAGCGUACUGAAGAGGAACGCAUCGACUACCUCAGGGCGGAUCCUUACGUUGCACAGUUUGAGGCAUAUCGUGUAUUAUGUGCAUCGUGUGACAAGUGGAUCCGGCUCCGUCCUAAUUCCACGUAUUGCUCCAUCCCUUGGGAUGCUCACCGCAAGAGUUGCUUGUCAAAAAAGAUUAACAACAAGAAUGGGUGUGCCCUCGAAGAGAGAAAUUCAUUGCUCUCUAAAGAUCCAGACGUUCGCAAGUUUGAUGCCGAGCGGGUCUUGUGCAACACUUGCGACCGUUGGAUCCAAGUCAGCCCUGAAAACCACAUGCAGGCGGUUCAAAAGUGGCUACAACAUAGGUCGUCCUGUCAAAAGGGCGCAGCACACUCUUCCGGUUCUCAAGCGGAAGCGUCUUCAUCUCAGCCGCCAAAAUCUAGCCCAGCGGCUCGAGAAGGUCAACCUGACCCUGGACAUGCGUCUUCAAUUUCAAGACGUCCUUCCGACUCUCCAGUACAUGGAAAAACCCCAGUCCCGUCGGCAAUACCUGGCUCACCGUCUCCAUCCUUCAAGGAUUUGACACCCACCAAUUUUCCAGCUCACGAGUCUCGCCGACGAAACGCCGAACAACGAGCGGCAACUCUGAAGGCUGACCCCUUGGUUGAAGAGGUUGAGCCGAACAGAGUCUUCUGUUCUCUUUGCAAGAAAUGGGUACAGCUUCGACAAGACAGUUCUUACUGCGCGUAUCCAUGGAUACAGCAUCGGGGGAAGUGUCUAGCCCGACAUCAGAGGCGAGCUCAGAAAGCCGCAGAAGUUGCAGAGCUGAGAGCAAAAGGCGGCACAUCCCAUCCAGACGACGGAAGCUUGUCAGACGAGGAUAUGUCCGCCGAAGACGAACUAGAGUCAGAGGAACCUUAUGAUGUCCAAGUGCAGGAUCUACCCACGGAUGAUAAGCGCAAAGCUAGGAUUUCUGAUUUCCGGUCUCUUCAUACUGCGAAGAAACAACGUUUAGACAAUGGAAGCGGCCGCACUGGCUCCGCUUGGGCUGUCCCUGAUCAUACCUCCACUGGCAAGAGAUCGUUGCAAAGUGUCCGCUCUAUCCGCCCAAAGGGAAGGCCUGAUAGCGACCUUCAUGCGCUAGUGACGGAAGCCUCCGGGUCGACGAGCCGCCUGAACCGCCGUCUUGUGCUUGGUUUGGCUGACUUAAACAACGUUCCUGGCAGGAUGGAUUUCAUUUUUUCAUCAAUCGCAUACCUAUUUAUGACCACUUAUGACAGCACGGAUGAUAUGACCAUAUCUUCCUUGUUGACCUACUUAAACUCUGCUAUACCUGCCGACAAACACGAGGACUUUGACACAGCCGAAGUCGUCAAAGCUGCGGCCGCCUUGCAGGACCGUGGUGACAUCAUUUUUGAAGGCGACAUGUUACGCCUUCCGGACUAACGGGUGAUUCCGGACGCUGUUAUUUCCGAUUUUUGUGCAUAUAUGUAUACCUAUUUUCCGAUUUCCACAACUUCUUGGACUUGCACUCACUGUUAUCUAUUGCUAGUUCUGCAUGCAUGACCUCCCGCUCCAUACUGAUUUUUUGUUCACCUCCACCGACGACAAUUGCAUCGAACGUGUAUCUCACUUUAUACCACCGACGUUUUGUAUCAUGGCUGAUUUUCUUGAAUGCAACGUGUUGUAUGCAUCACUGCA